AUGUCACUCGCGAAAGUACCUCUGCUCCUGAUUGCUGUGGCGGGGAGCCAUAUCACCUUGACUCCUCCCAAUCCUCGUGUUCCGGCCAACGAGCGCCCCAAGGACGUUUCUCAGACGGAAAAGCAUUUCUCUGCCCUGGCCCACAUAUAUGCAACGAUGACCAAGUUGUCCAUGUGCGCGGGAAGCAUCGUUGAGAUAGCCGUACUGUUGGCGCUUGAAUGGCCCACGCACCCGCUGUCCAAGAUGGUCUUCAAGGCACUCAUCCCUGGUCCUCGAGAGCUCGCCGACCGAAUCACUAUUUCGGACACAUUCAUCAUUGGAUGUAUCCUCACGGCCGCAGGCGCACUCGGCCGCAUAUCCUGCUAUCGCACUCUUGGACGUCUCUUCACGUUCGAGGUCACGAUCCGCAACGACCACAAACUCGUCACGCAAGGACCAUACGCGUAUGUCCGGCACCCGAGCUACACUUCCGGAUUGCUCUUUACCGCCGGCGUGACGGUGUGCAACGCAAGUCGUGGGUCAUGGGCGAAGGAGUGUGGUGUGUUGGAUACAACGGCGGGGCGCUUGGGGGCAUGCGUAUACUGGAUUCUGUUCUUCCUUGGCCUACUUGCGGUGAUUACACGGAUGCCAGAAGAAGACAGGCUACUACGCGAUCGGUUUGGAGCGGAGUGGGACCGGUGGGCAAAGAAAGUGCCCUACAGACUAGUUCCAUGUGUUUAUUGA